AUGUCAAUAGUAGAGACAUGUAUAUCGUUUGCUUUGGCAAACCCGCUCUACCUAUUUUCCGCAGGAUUGCUUAUGAACUGUGUGGUUACGCCGCUUUACCUUUGGAAAACACAAAAUGUUAAGAUUGUAGUUGUUUCAUUGCUGCAAUUUGUAGUACUUUAUGCCACAGCGUUUAUUACGGUUGGAACUGAUAAAUCCCUUUACAGAAAUAAAUGGGUGGCCCUGCCGCUAGCCAAGAAGACCCGCAUUUCUCGUAAUACCAGUUUGUACUGCUUCAAAUUAAAGUACCCAUUUGAAAGAUUGAAUAUUCCCAUGGGAUACCACCUGGCAGUAAGGGUUACAAUAAAUGGUGAGCGAUUAGUGAGAUACUAUACGCCGGUGAAUGUUCCUAAUACGGAAGGUCACCUGGAAUUAGUGGUCAAGACGUAUAAGCAUGGUGUUGUUUCUAAGUAUUUUGAUAAAUUGAAAAUUGGCCAGUGUGUAGAAUUUAAGGGGCCCUUGGGCGAACUGGAAUAUGAUCAAGAUACCGCAACAGAGUUGGGUAUAAUCGCAGGAGGGUCUGGUAUAACCCCUGUCUUGCAAGUAUUGCAAGAAAUCAUACCCUCUCCAGAAGAUCUAACACACAUUUCUUUGAUAUACGCAAACGAAACAGAGGAUGAUAUCCUUAUGAAAUCACAACUAGACCACAUGGCUAAAGAGUACCCACAUUUUAAAGUUCAUUAUGUAAUUCACAAGCCAAACGGUAAAUGGAAUGGUGAUGUCGGGUACGUAACUUUAGAAGAAAUGAAAAGAUACCUGCCUAAACAAGCGGAGGACCAUCGUUUAUUGAUUUGCGGGCCUCCUAAAAUGAAUGAAAUGGUUUUGAACUAUGCAAAGGAGUUGGGGUGGAGCAAUGGGUUUCACAAAGGUAAUGGAAGCGAUAAAGUUUUCGUUUUCUAA